AUGGUUCACCUCUCCUACAAGUUUCUCGCCUGCUUGGCUGCCGUCAAAGCCUUGGCCGCUCCCGUCGACUCUCUCGACGAGCGUUCAACGGGGCUUUCCCGUAAACUCCUUCCGCGAUUGACGACAAGCUCCACCGGCUACAGCAACGGCUACUACUACUCCUUCUGGACCGACGGCGGCAGUGGCAAUGUGACCUACACGAAUGGUGAUGCGGGAUCCUACACCGUCGACUGGUCCGACGCGAGCAACUUUGUUGGUGGGAAGGGGUGGAACCCUGGGAGUGCCAGAAACAUCACAUACAGCGGCACUUUCACCCCCGACGGCAACGGUUACCUCUCCGUCUACGGCUGGACCACCGACCCGUUGAUCGAAUACUACAUCGUGGAGUCCUACGGCGAUUAUAACCCCGGAACGGCCGGUACACACCAAGGCACCGUUGUCUCGGAUGGGGGUACAUACGAUAUCUACACGGCCACCCGGACCAAUGAAGCUUCGAUUGAAGGGGCGGCUACGUUUACGCAGUACUGGUCCAUUCGGCAGACAAAGAGGGUUGGGGGCACGGUUACAACUGCGAAUCAUUUCAAUGAGUGGGCGGCGCUGGGAAUGGAUUUGGGGACGCAUAACUAUCAGAUUGUGGCGACGGAGGGAUAUGAGAGUAGUGGGUACUCGGAUAUCACCGUUGAUUGA